AACAUGAUCCAUUUCAUUUUAGGGUUUGGGUUGAAAUUCAUGCUGUCUGCAGGAUCAUCUCUGAAUGACAAAGUCUUCCAGACUCCACCUGAGAUGUUCAAGAAACCUGGAGAAGACGUUGCAAUCAAGUGUUUCCAUCAAAUUGCCAGCUACAACCAAAUCCUCUGGUACAAACAAAGCGACCAACAGCUUGAGUUACUGGGAUAUCUCAACGUUGACUAUGCCAAUCCAGAGCCUGGGGUGGACGUGAAGAUAGGAGGGAACGCAAACGCAGGACAAACCUGCACGCUGACAAUAGAUGCCGUCAGUCAGGAAAACACUGCUGUUUACUUCUGUGCAGCUAGUGUGCACAGUGUUUGCCUGGGUGUGGAGGUCCACCAAAGUCCACCACAACUCUUGGUGAAAGUGGGGGAGGAAGCCCAGCUGGUCUGCAGCCAUCAAAGAGGAGACUACAGGGUGAUGCAGUGGUACCAACAGUCCCCGGGAGAGUCGGCGCUCAAACGCAUCGGCCACUUGUCUUAUGAUGAUAAAGAAUAUGAAGACCCUUUUAAAGAUCACUUUCGUUUCGUCGGAGAUCUGAGUGGAAGCUCCAACAAGAAUGCCUCCAUGUUUAUCACAAAAAUAAAGCCAGAGCACAGUGCUUGUCUGAGCCUGGAGGUCCGUCAGACUCCUGAAGAAAUCCUCAUAAAACCUGGAGGCCGAGCCGAGAUGGUCUGCCAACACAGCAGAACCGACUACAGACAGAUGCUCUGGUACAAGUACUCCACUGAGAACAACCUCAUGGAUCUGAUUGGAAACCUUUAUAACAGCGAUGCCACAAUGGAGGAGCCGCUCGUGCAGCUCUGCAAACACAUCUACAUCAUGAUCGUUCAGACCCUGUGUUUGCUGGUCCUCCUCCACUCUGGUUUCAGCGUCACUGUUCUCCAGUCACAGGAUCAACAACACUGUGACUCCGGUUAUGCAGCUUACUUCGGACAAGGAACCAGACUCACAGUUUUGGAACCUGACAGAACCCCCAGCGCACCAUCAGUCAAAGUGUUGAAGCCCUCACUAAACGAGUGUCGCAUCAAAAAUGUAUAUUCUCAAAAGGAGAAAUAUUUGACGUUGACAUGUGUGGCAUCCAAAUUCUACCCUGAUCACGUGAGCGUGACCUGGUGGAGAGACGGGAACAAUCUCAUCGAAGAGGUUUCUACUGACCAACGGGCUCGACGGGUCGAUGACUACUACCAAAUCACCAGCCGGCUGAGGGUCAGAGCUCAAGAAUGGCUCGGAGAGGACAGGAACUACACCUGCAGAGUGAGCUUCUUUGAUGGAGAAAACACUGUUCCUACUGGAGAUUCUAUUAAAGGCGUCAAUCGCCCAGGUCCAGAGGUCACCAUAACCAGAGAGGAAUACAUAAAUGUCACACACAUGGCCAAAUUGUCGUACGUGGUCCUCAUCUUCAAGAGCUGCGUUUACGCAGUCUUCGUCGUGUUUUUGCUGUGGAGGCUUCAGCGUGUCAAAUGAUCAACUCUGGAACUAAAUUAGAUUUAGGGGACACAGCGCUGAGAAGUUUUCAAGAACUAAAAGUCCACCUCACCAACCUUGAUGGUCACGACUUUCAAGAAUCCAGAUCUCGGCGGGGACCAUCACACUCAAGUCAACAAAUCGUGCUUUCGUGCAAGACUACGACACGCAUGUCUAUCUAAGACAAACCUUGUGCCAGCUGGUCAAGACAUGGAAAAAUUUUAAUUUGAAAAUAUUUAGCUGCUUAGUUUUGCUCCCAUUUUAUCAGGUAAACUGGACUUGUGUCUUAGGUUCAACAAAUAUAUUGUUCCAGAAAUUACAGACAAAUCAUGAACUGACCUCAUCUGUACUACCCGACUCCAAUCCAAAUGUAUUUGAACUUUUUCAAAUGUAUUCAAACUUUUAUGUUUGUCAGUGACAUUUUGUGCAAAAAAAAAAAAUUCAUGAAAUAUGAAUAGCAUUUUCAUUCAUACUAGGCAACAACUAUAAUUUCAUGUGUAUAUACAAAUAUUUCACUUCGUAGCUUGAGUUGCUUUUUAUGUGUGUUUGUGUGUUAAGUGAUUAAAAAUAUUUGGAUAUACUUGC